AUGAGGAAUCCAACUGACAAAAUGCCAGAGGAUUAUGGAUGGAUAUUAAUUGAUAAUAAUUAUCAUUAUUAUUGGUUUGACGGACCACAAAGUCCAUCGCUCGAUCAACUGUCUUCAAUAGAAGAAUCUGAACAGUAUGAUACCGAUAAUUCUGAAGAUGACGAUAACAUCACACAUAGUGAAGAGUCAUCGAGUGACGAAUCUGAGGAUUGA